GAGAUGUGGGACAUGUGGAUUUGGGAUAUGAAUUCAUUUGAAAAACCACUUUGGGGGUAUGAACGUGAUUUCUGAUGAAACUAGAUUGGAAUAAUUUUCAUGAUCUUUGUAUAUUUAUAUGUAUAUAUUUUAAAAUUUUGCAUUUGACUUAAAGUGCCAUGAGAAAAUUUGCAUAUUGCAAGGUGGUCCUAGCCACCUCCUUGAUUUGGGUACUCUUGGAUAUGUUCCUGCUGCUUUACUUCAGUGAAUGCAACAAAUGUGAUGAAAAAAAGGAGAGAGGACUUCCUGCUGGGGAUGUUCUAGAGCCAGUACAAAAGCCUCAUGAAGGUCCUGGAGAAAUGGGGAAACCAGUCGUCAUUCCUAAAGAGGAUCAAGAAAAGAUGAAAGAGAUGUUUAAAAUCAAUCAGUUCAAUUUAAUGGCGAGUGAGAUGAUUGCCCUCAACAGAUCUUUGCCAGAUGUUAGGUUAGAAGGGUGUAAAACAAAGGUGUAUCCAGAUAAUCUUCCUACAACAAGUGUGGUGAUUGUUUUCCACAAUGAGGCUUGGAGCACACUUCUGCGAACUGUCCAUAGUGUCAUUAAUCGCUCUCCAAGACACAUGAUAGAAGAAAUUGUUCUAGUAGAUGAUGCCAGUGAAAGAGACUUUUUGAAAAGACCUCUAGAGAGUUAUGUGAAAAAACUGAAAGUACCAGUUAAUGUAAUUCGAAUGGAGCAACGUUCUGGGUUGAUCAGAGCUAGAUUAAAAGGAGCUGCUGUGUCUAAAGGCCAAGUGAUUACCUUCCUGGACGCUCAUUGCGAGUGCACAGUAGGGUGGCUGGAGCCUCUCUUAGCCAGGAUCAAACAUGACAGGAGAACAGUGGUAUGUCCUAUCAUUGAUGUGAUCAGUGAUGAUACUUUUGAGUACAUGGCAGGGUCUGAUAUGACCUAUGGUGGAUUCAACUGGAAACUCAAUUUUCGCUGGUAUCCUGUUCCCCAAAGAGAAAUGGACAGAAGGAAAGGUGAUCGAACUCUUCCUGUCAGAACACCUACAAUGGCAGGAGGCCUUUUUUCUAUAGACAGAGAUUACUUUCAGGAAAUUGGAACAUAUGAUGCUGGAAUGGAUAUUUGGGGAGGAGAAAACCUAGAAAUUUCUUUUAGGAUUUGGCAGUGCGGAGGAACUUUGGAAAUUGUCACAUGCUCACACGUCGGACAUGUGUUUCGGAAAGCUACACCUUACACGUUUCCGGGAGGCACAGGGCAGAUUAUCAAUAAAAAUAACAGACGACUUGCAGAAGUGUGGAUGGAUGAAUUCAAGAAUUUCUUCUAUAUAAUUUCUCCAGGUGUUACAAAGGUAGAUUAUGGAGAUAUAUCAUCGAGACUUGGUCUAAGACAGAAACUACAAUGCAAACCUUUCUCUUGGUACCUAGAGAAUAUUUAUCCUGAUUCUCAGAUUCCACGUCACUAUUUCUCAUUGGGAGAGAUAAGAAAUGUGGAAACAAAUCAAUGUCUAGAUAACAUGGCUAGAAAAGAGAAUGAAAAAGUCGGAAUUUUUAACUGUCACGGCAUGGGAGGAAAUCAGGUUUUCUCUUAUACUGCCAACAAAGAAAUUAGAACAGAUGACCUUUGCUUGGAUGUUUCCAAACUUAAUGGCCCAGUCACAAUGCUCAAAUGCCACCAUCUAAAAGGCAACCAGCUUUGGGAGUAUGACCCCGUGAAAUUAACCCUGCAGCAUGUGAACAGUAACCAGUGCCUGGACAGAGCCACAGAAGAGGAUAGCCAGGUGCCCAGCAUUAGGGACUGCAAUGGAAGCCGGUCUCAGCAGUGGCUUCUUCGAAAUGUCACCCUUCCAGAAAUCUUCUAAGACCAAAUUUACAAAGAAAGAAAAAAUAAGGAUUGACUGGGCUACCUCAGCAUACAUUUCUGCCACAUUCUUAAGUAGCAAAAAAGGAAAAGUGCUUUCCUCCUCUGCAGGAUGUAAGGUUUAUCAGCCAUUAAAACUUAGACUCCUCUAGCUUUUCACUAGCUGUGAACCAGCCUUCCUGUCCACGGACGUGAAACUGCAUAGUAGCGAGACUGUGCACACUGAUGUUUACAAGAUUGAAAGAGUCUUUCAUCAAGAAUCAUGGUAAAGAAUAUUUAGACAAUGGAACAAUCAACAAGAUGUGCUUUCCGGAGAGCUGCAUCUUUUAUGGUUUGCUUGCAUAUCAGUAAUUUCUACUGAAUGUGCUGUCAUAAUGAAGAGAUUUCCAAGAUUUUUUUUUUUUGAUUAGAACUGGUAGCCAGUAUAUUAAAUAUUGAUUUAAAAAUAAAUGAAAAAAACUGGAACCAGAUUCAGAAUCAUGAAAACAUUUUUACAACAAUAAAAAAACUAUAUUAAACAGGGUUUAAAGAAAAUUAAAACAGAACUAUGAGAAGUACAAUUUGUUAUAGUAUAGUAUCAAAUUUCUAUAUAGAUUUUAUACCUCAGUGGGGAAAAAUAACUGAUUCCAAUGACAUUCAUUUUAUUUUCAUCUGUGAUAGUCAUGGAUGCUUUUAUUUUCCUUGGGGUGCUGAAAUUGAGCUGGGAAAAAAGGCUCUUUGAACAUAGUUUUAAUUUCUUUCUACAAUUUUUUUUAUUUGGUUAUUUGGUUUGUGGGCUGUUGGAAUUGUAAUUUUUAAUUGCCUUCUAAAAAAAUGGAAAUUUAACGUAAUGUCUGGGCUCAACUGAAUGAGUUAGAUAUCUUAGUUGCUCUUGGGUCAACUGGCUUAUAGACUUUCUCAAACACACGCACACACACAAAUUUCUUACCAGAUUUCCAACUUCUUAACUUGAUUCAACUGAUCAUGCUUAAUACCCAAGAUUCAUACUACUGUACUACAGAUUUGUUUUCACAGCAAUAAAUCUUCAGUUCUUUGUUUAUGAUUCCACUUAACAAAAGGCCUGCAGAAGUGAUUUAUUAUUCGGGUAUUUGGAGAUAAUAUAUUUGAUGGUUUUUUUGGAAGACCUUUUUCACUCCAUACUCAGAUGUGCUUCAUUGUCAAGUGCAUAUUUAGAUUAGAUUCUUGAAUUGUAAUGUUGAUCUGCUGCUUUUUUUUUAAAUAAAAUUUGACUGAAAAUGUUUAAUUGGAAUUUUUUAAUGACUUAGCCAAAGAAGUGCAGCUGUUAUUCCGUAUUAAUAGUCCUGCAUUUCUUCCCUAAAUUCCAUUUAGGCUAAAUUGGUUUUAUUUUUCUCUGAUUUUUAGUACCACACAACCACCUGAGUGUCAAUUUAAAGUUGCUUAUCAAUUAAAAGUUAAUCUUUUAAUCUCAUAGUUAGAAAACCUCAUUGUGACAUUUUCCCUGAUAUGUAAAACAAUCCAUUGGCAAAAAUGCAUAUAUUUUCUUUCUUGUUUGUAAGAUUAUAUUUAAUGGAAUUCUUUUUCUUUUUCUUUUGUUUUUGAUUAUCAAAGACUCUCACUGUAGGCAGUGCUAUUUCUUGUGCCUAAGAAUGUUUCUGAAAGUCACAUCACUAAUAAUACUUGCCAAAUUGAGUGUACACAGAGUUUCUCAUUUCAUGUUCAAGUUCAUCCACAUCAAGCACAUGGGGACACGUAGGGUGAGACUAUAGUACAGAAUGCAUAAACCAUGUCCCCAGGAUUUUGAAAUGAAGCAGGUGCUGGAUGGAAUUUUUUUCCUAUUCCAUGAGCUGUGUUAAUUCUAUCUUCAGUAGACCUAAUGCUUGAAUAAACCAGAUGUCUAAUCAAUAAAUUAUUUUCAUGCUCA